AUGGCGCGAAAGUGCCAAAGACGGAGGGAAUUAUCGUGAUGCUUGAUUUCAUGCAGAGAUGCUUGGGUACAUAGAGAAUUCACAAAUGUUGGUUCUGUAUGUUGAUGGCUGGCUUCGGAGGUUCGAGCUGGUGCUACAUUAGCAAAUGGAGUUUUGUGGAUUUUGCAUGGAGCAUCUGAAGAUGAAGAUGAGGUUUGAUGGAGUUUGUAA